GAGACCGACUGGAGACCAAUGAGGAAGGAGAGGCGUAAGUGGCCCUUAAUGCACGUCACCCGCUAGUCUUUUAGUACAGAGUCCUCUCCUCUCCAGAGUGGGGAAGUUUGCGUGGAGCUACUGUUAAAAAUAUAGGCGGAAGCAGGGUGGGGGGGGGGCACCUUGCAUGCGAAAGCGAAAUGAUCCGCGGCAGAUGACACGAUCACUUCGGCGCACACACGUUGGUGGGCUUCGCGGAGCCAGUACAGCCGUCGAGAUCGAGACCCUUUUCCACGUGGAAGUGCACCAGCACAGCCGGGAGAGUGUCAAGCGCGAGAGCCAACCAGCCCCGUGGCCAGAGACACCAUGAGCGCCAAGUCUGCCAUCGGCAAGGAGGUCUUCACCCCGCGGGACGAGAAGAUGCUGGCGGCCGUGCAGGUCAGGAGGAGGACUAAGAAGAAGAUCCCCUUCCUGGCCACUGGAGGACAGGGCGAGUACAUGACCUACAUCUGCCUGUCAGUUACAAACAAGAAGCCCCCACAGCUGUCCAUCACCAAGGUGAAGCAGUUCGAAGGCUCCUCCUCUUUCGCUAGGAGGUCUCAGUGGAGCAUGGACCAGCUUCGUCAGGUCAAUGGCAUCGACCCUAAUCGAGACUGUCCAGAGUUUGACUUGGUGUUUGACAACGCCUCCGACCAGUGGGUGGCGGGUUCCGCAGGGGAGAAGUGCAUGUUUGUCCAGGUCUUGCACCAUACCUGCCAACGGCACAGCGGAGAGCGCAAACCAGAGUUUGUCAACUGCCAGUCCAAGCUGCUCGGAGAAGCAUGCUCAGUAAAUUCAGUCAUGUUGCGUUGCAAGAUGUUUUUGCACGGAAUGAGGAAUACCAAGGUAUCAAGCCAGAAACGGCCUCCAAAGAAAGGUAACAGCAUCCUGCACUCGGCCGCCGACAGCGUGACCAGUGCGGUACAAAAGGCCAGCCAGGCCCUGAACGAGCGCGGUGAGCGACUGGGCCGGGCCGAGGAGAAGACCGGGGAGCUGAUGAACAGCGCGCAGCAGUUCGCAGACACAGCACACAAGCUUGCCAUGAAGCACAAGAGUUAAAUAGCCAAACCCCCAAGGGAUCUGCCUGGAUGUGAGAAGUGAUGAUCCUCUGGGACACCUUUCUAACUGUAUUAAUAUUUUUAACGUCUUAUUUCUUGUAUGCCAUUAUCACUAAUGAGUUUUACCUGCACACCUGGAUAUUGAGUGAACAUCUGACCUGGAUCUCCGUUAGCCAGCUGCCUGUCCGUGGGCCGUUUAGCAUGCAGGUCGCGCCGCAUACUUCCCUGUGGCCUGCCGCCCACUCGCUAGGCUACGCUAAAACCUUUUACCGACCAGCCCCUGUUUUCGGUCUCGACAUUGCCCCCUGAAGGCCGACACUGUUAUGACACAGUAGUGUAUUUCAUUAUGUCCGCUUCUGUAAAAUGCCCAGAAGCGCUGCGAGUUGCAUGUAAAAUUGUAGCGUAUUGGCAGCCUCUGUCCUCUGAGACUUUAGAAUGUGAAAUCAAACUUUCAGACAUUCCUUUUUCCCGCCGUAUAUAAAAUAUUUCCAGUACUACUUUCUGAAGCUGCUGCCAUAGUUUAAGAGCUAAACUCAGUUUUGCUCUAUGAAGAGUGAUGUGUGUUUAUUUAAAAGUGUUUACAAAUCGUAAACCCCCCCCCCCCCCACUAUAUUCCCUUCAUGCCCUCCUCCCCUCUACACUAUAUUAUGGUUUAGUGUCCAGGAUUUGCUUCAUCUUCACAUUAUUGAUUUAAAUGAUAACAUGACUACAGACAGAUAUUGUACAUUGAAUGAUUACUGUCACUGCAAACGACUAAGAAGUUUUUAUAAAUAUUCCAGAAAGUAAAACAGAUAACAAAGGAACCCCCCCCCCCCCCUUUGUUUAAAGUAACCUAACGUGAAUAUUCUUUGGGGUAUUAUAACAAUAAUUAAAUUUCAUUUAGAACUGUAAUCUCUUUUUUCCCCUCUCCCAAGUGAUCAAGUAUGAAAUAACCUCAUUACUCUAUAUGAAGAUUUCUUGUAUAAUUAAUCUUUCCAUCACCAUGUUUUAAUCAGCGGAAUUUUAAGUCCAAUGAAAUUUAGCAUCAGAGUCCAUUGUACUUUUUAUAUAAAUGGAGUAGCUGCCGUAUCAUGUUUGUCUGCUUUAUGUAAAUAAUGUCUGUUUUACAGAUUUCCGCUCAUUCCCUAAAUAACCUGGUUGUUGCCAUAAUGAGGUGGUUGGGGGCGGAGCUUAGCUGUAUCAGGAGAAGUGGUGAUGGGGUCAGAGUUUGGCCUGUGCUGUGGUGACACUGAUAAAGACUGUCAGGUUACCCAGGAGGAGAGAUGAGGAGGCUUGUCUGAGUUGGUUAUGUGAGUAGAUGUCUGGACGUUUGGAGGCUCGUCACAUUCUGGAUAGUCUCCAUAGCGAUUAUUAGCUCUAAGACCAAAAGAAGGUGAUGUGGCUGACAUUGACCUGCCGCUGCUGUAGGGGGCGGUUACUGCAGCGAGGUCUUGGUCCUCACUGUGGUGCAAGCUUAUUCUGUGCCCAAAUAUGCUCAAACAACUCGGUUCAGUGCUUUAAGGUGAUUUAAAGAGACAGUAUGGAUUCCUGAGUUAUGAAUAUGUUGAAUUAAGGACAAGAGGAUGUUGUUUACUGGAUGGUAUGUUUAAAAGGCCAAAAAAAGAUCUCAUUUUAUUUCCUACCUUUCUAGUAACUUCUCAUGCGAUGUUCUCUGCUUCACAGCGUGUUUCUACUAGGCUUAUCUGACCACUGCCACCAUGCAGUGGUCUGUGUGUCUGAAGUGUCCAUGUGCAAACGAUAGGCUUUUCCUGGGGACCACCUGCAGUGCUGGAUCUGAGCUGCAGGAGGCGAUCUUGGGCGAGAUGCUGUUCAACAUCAGGGCAUCUUAUGUGUAAUGUGUGUUAUGUGCCGAUUUUUAAUAUAUUUGUGCAUUAAAAGAACCAUCUACACCGAAGGAUUUAGUAGCUGAGCAUUUAUAUUUGUGGUCAGAGUUGCAUUGUUGACUGUAAGCUUUAUGUUUUUUGUUAAAGUGUGUAAAUGUGGUAUAGGAACUGUUCUAGAGUUGUGUGUACUAUAAUUGAGCCAAUGCAUUAAACCAUUUUAUCGAAUAUGCUUAUCCUUUGUUCCCUGUUUUUAUAAUCUGUGAUGUGUGGAUAGACAAACAUUUAAAGUGCAAUGAUUCUUUAUCUGUGCCUUUUUCCUGAAAUCCUAAACUAACAACCUGCUGUAUGUCAACACGCUGCUUAUGUAACGUAAAACUGUAUUCCACAUUAGAAUUAUCCAGGGUAACGCUAUCUUUUGGAGCGGUGAAUUGUGUAUUUUAAAAAAGUAUGAUGUAUCGUCUCUGCUAUUUGUACAGUAAUAUCAGUUUAGGCAGUGCAGUCAUUUUGGAAAGUUGUUGAAUUCCUAAAGCAACAAAACAAAUGCAAGUUACAGCCUUUUUGGAAUGGGAAAUGGAAACCAAACACACCUUACUGGACAUAACUCCCAUUCAUCAUCAUUUUUAAAUAGUAAUAAUAGUACUGAUGUUCUGUAGUCCUGUGGUAUAAUGUUUGGGCAUUUUCCAGGAUCUGCGAACAUCCGUGUGGCAGUGUGGGGAGACAAAUUAAAGCUUUGCUCAAGUAAUUAAAUUGUAAUUUAUUUUUAACCGUGAGUAUCACAAACGUAUUUCGUGCACCCCUCCAAAUAACGGUGUGUCUCUUUUUCUGAAUUAAUUAGUUUCCAGUUAUUAUAAUACUGAGCAACGCAUCGGACAGAAUGAAAUCACGUGGGUCUUGUAGUUGGAACUUUCAGUACCUAAAGCCUGUUUGCGUUCCCCGUGGGAGUUAUAUAUAUAAUCUGAUAACGGAAGGAACUCUGUAUUGUAACAUUGUGGAGAUAAAUACUGAUGAAGAACACCACUAGAGGGCGCCCAGACACAGCUUGCCAGUCCCAUUCGCAAUCAGAUAAGUAGUAUUCAGUCCGGUGUUAUGUUAUCGCAGUUUUUUUGUUUUGGGGAUUUUUUUUUAAAUUAAGAAUACUUUAAAAGCACUAACGGGUUUAAUCAAUGAACUCUGUAAAAUAUGUGUUCCGUUAAAUCAUCCUUAUCGCACCUACUGAUUUAGUGCCAAACAAACCUGGCCCUUUGUUACUGUCUGUCUGGCAUAUACAUUUUAAGCUUCGCUAUCCUAACAUGGCAGAAGCGAUUUAAUGUCCUUUCAUGGAAAAAUCAUAAUGUCAUCAAAGAAUCAUGAUGAGAUUAAGAUUUGCAUGUCAAAAAGGUCGAAGUCUAAAAUCUGUAAUUAAUAAGGAUGGGAUUACGCGAGAGAAUGUCUCUAUAAAGAUAAGGUCAGCUUUUGAUCCUUAUAUUGUUUGUGUGACUAAUAAAAAUGUUGGACUUGAA